UGCGGGCGGUGGGGGGAUCGUCUUGUACUGGGGCAGAGGAGGUAUGGCGAGACACGGAGUUCACACGUCGUGAAGGAGAGCCGCCUCUGUCGACAGCCAGGGCGCCACGUCCCGUUCCCCACUAUUAUACGUCGCUCGCAGGAAGCUCAGAAAUCGAUCGCAAGAGAACAGAGGUGGGUUGGAUCCGAGCAAUAUAUCAAUGGUACUAUGGUAGGAACCAACAACGAGCUGAUUCUCUCUCGCUGAACUAGUGCGCGGCCACUUUUUCUACCGCCGUUUCUACUGCUAAUCUCUCCGCCCCCUCUCGAUCGGAGAUGUUGACUGAUCCCAGGCCCCGCAGCGGCGGCGCCGACCGUGAAAACACCGGCGCCGAGUUCCGCGACAUCCAUCCGUUAGGCCCGGCGAACACGAACGCGAGCCGCGGCGGCCGCCGGGACCCCUGGGAGGGCGGCAGCAUCCGCUCGUCGGCUUCCCUCUCCGUCGGGAGUGUCGACGGCGUCAGCGAGGGCGGAUUCAGUAGUAUGAGCAGGGAGUUCAACGCCAUGGUCGUCGCAGGCUCCAACUUGCAGCAGCAGCAGCAGCAGCAGAACGAUGGCGGCGGCGCUGCGGACGAGCAGCUUACGCGCAUCGGUGAGGAUGAGCUGGAGGAGACCAAUCCGUUGGCGAUCGUCCCCGACAAUAACCCCUUCCCCUCCCCACGCCGCCCACCACCCGGAGGCGGCGGCGACGGCGGCGGCGAGUCUUCAUCUACCGCGGUCGAAGGGGUCCCAGUGCACGUAGUGAAGAAGGAGGAGGCGGAGUCGAAGAUCGCGGCUUGGCAGAUCGCGAAGGUCGCGAAGAUCAACAACAGGUUCAAGCGCGAGGAAGUGACCAUCAACGGGUGGGAGAGCGACCAGGUAGAGAAAGCCACGACUUGGUUGAAGAAAGUUGAGCGGAAGCUGGACGAGCAGCGGGCGAAGGCGACGGAGAAGAUGCAGAACGACGUGGCGAAGGCGCAUCAGAAGGCGGCGGAAAGGCGGGCGUCGGCGGAGUCAAAGAGGGGAACCAAGGUCGCCAAGGUGCUGGAGCUUGCCAAUUUCAUGAGAGCCGUGGGCAGAGCUCCAUCGAAGCGCUCCUUCUUCUAGACCAGCUAAAACCGACCAGGAUCAAUCUCUCAAGUCACUGCAUGCAAAUGAAUCUCUUUUCAGAUUUUUCAAACUAUAUUGAAUUCGAGUGGUGUGAUUGUAAGUUGGGAGGUUGAAUUGUUCUGUAAUAAAUCACCAUAAACCUGUAUUGAUUGUUGCGAACACGAUAUCGAUGAUGUUUGCUUAUUGUUUUGGUUGUGUUUGUAAUCG